AUGAAGGCGUGCUUCAUUUUCUGUACAUGGCUUGCGUCAACCGCGUUGGCCGCGCGACAGGCCGUCGGCUCGCUCAGCGCUGCAGAUCAAGCGACCCUCCAGCAACAACUCGCCAAGUGGAAGACACUCUACGGCCCCAUCGCCAAAGCCAACGGGUUUCUCCCACAACUCAACACAGAGUCUGUCGACAGCAACGGCUACUCGGUCGAGGAGCUCCAGCGAUUCCACAACACCGUCCAAGACGCCCAAGAAGCCGCGGCGGCCAACCCAGACGCCGAGUUCAGUCCGUUCAACCAGGCGCAACUUCACCAGCGCCAUCCCGCUGCCGGAGACUGA